CCGCGCGGACCCGCGCGAGGCCGACGACCCGGCGCGCGCGCGAACGCACGCGGCUCGACGCCCUCGACGCCCGGCGCGGGACCGGCGCGCGCGCGACUCGCGAGUGGACGCCGAAGGACGCGCGAUGGCGACGCGCGCGAUGCGAUCGACGCCGUCGACGCCCGCGCGGGCGGCGACGCGACGACGAACGCGACGCGCCGAGGCGACGCGGACGCGCGCGAACGCGAACGCGACGCCGGCGAACGAUCUGAUGAUUCGCGCGGCGCGCGGAGAGCGGGUCGAACGCACGCCGGUGUGGCUGUUCAGACAGGCGGGACGCCACCUGCCCGAGUACAACGAGUAUAAGAAAUCGACGGGGAAAAACUUUCUCGAGCUGCUGGCGGACCCGAAAGACGUGGCGGAGGUGACGAUGCAACCGAUUCGACGUUAUAACCUGGACGCGGCGAUUUUGUUCAGCGAUAUCUUAGUCAUCGCGGAGGCGCUGAACAUCGAGGUGGAGAUGCCGGGCGGGAAGGGGAUAUUGGUGCCGAAUCCGCUUCGGGGACCGGAGGAUAUGCAUCGAGUGCCGGAAUCGAUCGAUGUGAACGAAAAGUUGGCGCACGUGCUGGCGAGCGUCAAGGAGAUCAACGUGCAGAUCGAAAAGGAAGGCUUGGGAGUGCCGCUAAUCGGGUUCAGCGCGGCGCCGUGGACGCUCAUGUAUUACAUGGUCGGCGGGUCGUCGAGAAAGAACACGGAUGCGGGGAUGCGAUGGUUGAAAGAACACCCCAAGGAAGCGCAAAAGUUGUUGGACAUUCUGACGGACGUUGUGAUCGAUUACCUCGACGCGCAAGUCAAGGCUGGGGUGCACAUGGUGCAAGUGUUUGAGGCGAUGUGCGAGCACAUCACCGAGGAAAGCUUUUACGAGUACGCCAUGCCGUGCAUGGAGAAGAUUGCGCGCGAAUUGAAAAAGCGCCACCCGACCGUGCCUUUGCUGGGAUUCGCGCGCGAUGCCCCGUACGGUCUCGCCGCCCUUCAGCGCGCCGGUUACGACAUCAUCACCAUCGACACCGCGAUGGACCGCGUCGUCGCCCGCGACGUCUUGAGUCACGACGCCGAGACGCGCGGCGUCCAACCCUCCGGCGUUCAGGGUAACUUCGACCCAAGCCUGUUGAACAAAGAAGGCGGCUCGUCUUUCGAAGGCAUCGAAAGAGAGGUGACGCAAAUGCUUGAGGAUUUCGGUCCGCAAAAGCUCAUCGCGAACCUCGGCGCCGGUUUGGGCGGCAAGGAAGACGUCGAAAAAGUCGCCUACCUCGUCGACAGCAUCCACCGCGUGUCCGAGGACAUGAUCGCGGGCAAGUGAGCGCGCGCGCGCUCGCGUCCGCGUCGCGACCUCCGCGCGCUUUAAUAUUUC